AUGGCCAGUCAUAUCAUCGGCAACCGCAACAGCACUCCGGAGGCUGUCCCGAACUCCACUCUGCGUCCUCCCUCGUCCGCUCGCAAUCUCGGUUCUCACCAACUGCGAGCGUCCGCUGACAUGUCCGGAUUUCCCUCCCCGCUGUCCUCCCGCAGCAUGCGUCCCUCAUCAGAGGUUUUCUUCAGCCAGCAGACUCAAGGUCAGAACAGUACGGAGGAUGCAAUGGAUCGGGCAGCUCAGCAGUGGCUGGCGGACAUUGACCAGUACGAGACAACGCUGGAGGAGAUGGCAGCCGCAACGCUCGAUCAAGACUUCAAAGAUGAACUCAGUGCCAUCGAGCAAUGGUUCCGUGUCCUGAGCGAGGCGGAGCGGACCGCGGCCCUGUAUGCUCUGUUGCAGCAGACAACCCAAGUGCAGAUUCGCUUCUUCAUCCAGGUGUUGCAGCAGAUGUCCCAGGGCCACCCUAUGUCGGGGCUUCUUUCCCCGGCUAACUUUGGUGAAAAGGAUGCCAUGUCAAGCCGCUUGAGCGAUGCCAUGUCGAAACUCAACAUGGACAGCUCACGGAGUUCUUUGGGCCGGCCCCCGCCAUCCCCAGGCGCUAAGCGCAACUCGGGACUCGAUCCCUCUACAAUUAAUGCGAUGUUCCCUGAUGCUGCUGCUGCAAUUGCGAAGAAGAAGGCGGAAUUCACUCAACAGACCGGCAAUGCCCCUCCCUCGAACCGCAACAGUGCCGUCUUCGACCGCACCUCGUUCGUUGCCCCCACCAUCUCGGCUCCCGAUAAUAGCGAUCUGGGCCAGCCUCCGUCAUCUCCUUGGGCUCAGCGCGGUGGCCUUUCGGACACUCAGCCUCCCAUUGCCCGGCCCAAGUCUUCUUCGGGUCACCAUCCUAUGGGCCAAUUUAAUCAGUCGUCCUCUGGCAUGCGUUCCCCUCUUCCUCAGAAUGCUACGAUGCCGGCUCCCGACAUCGAGCCUCCGCUUCUCUCGCCUUACAAUGUUGGAAACCACAGCUGGGCCUCGAUGACCAACACUCCAAUGACGGCCACUUUUGGUCAGCAACAAAACAACCAGAACACCCAGGCGGAUAUGGUUGCUAAUGCGACCGCAAUGAAGUUGGCAGCUUUGUCCACGGUCAACAACCGCAUUGCACUGGAUGAUGCUCGGAAGUACCGCCGUGCCCGCUCCAACGAUGGCCAUGGCAAGAACUCGGCUGGUCACCCCAGCCUUUCCCAGGGCUUGGCUAGUCCAGGCCUGUCCGGAUCCAUGGCCGGCCAGCUGUUGAAUGCUCAGCAACUUGCCGCUCUGCAGGCUCAGCAGCAGGCAGCCAUGGUGGGUCGGCGAUCUCGCCCAGCGUCUCCCGGCAUUGCCAUGCAAGGAGGCGGACUCGGCCCCAUGGGAUUCACGUCCCCGCAAAACAACGGAUUUUUAGCCGCGUAUGACCCGAACAAUCCGCUGAUGGGCAACGGACUGAGUUCGCUGGGUAUCAGCCAGUUCGGUCUCGGUGGUGAAGGGUAUCUGUCUGAUCAUUCGGAGGUCACUCGCGGACGUUCGCCGCGCGGUCGUCGUGGAAGCUCUAAGCCUCCGGAGGAUCCCACCGACCCGGCUCUUCUGAAGGACAUCCCCAGCUGGCUGCGAUCCCUUCGUUUGCACAAGUAUACCGACCACCUGAAGGAUCUCCAGUGGACGGAGCUGGUUGAACUGGACGACAAGGCCCUGGAGGACCGCGGAGUCAAUGCACUGGGUGCACGGAACAAAAUGCUAAAGGUCUUCGAGCAGGUUCGAGAAGCCCGUGCUGAUGGCAAGCUCGAGAAUCUCCCUUGA